AUGCCAGUGGAGGUGACCAAUGAGAUGCCGGCAGCAGCCAGGGCGGAGCUGUACAGGACUCAGAGCUGCUUGUUUAUCACAACCCGCAUCCUGGUGGUGGACCUGCUCACCAACCGGCUGCAGGCUCAUCAGGUGGCCGGCCUGCUGGUAAUGAAUGCGCACACGGUGACUGACAUGUCCGGGGAGGGCUUUGCCGUGCGCCUCUUCCGGCAGGGCAACCAGGGUGGCUUUGUCAGGGCCAUUUCAGACCAGCCGCAUGCCUUUGCUGCAGGCUUCAGCAAGCUGGAGAAGGUUAUGAAGGCUCUGUAUGUGCGCAAACUCUUCAUCUGGCCACGCUUUGAAGCCCACGUGAAGGACACUCUGAAUGAUCUGCCGAUUGAGGUGAUAGAGCUGGCACAGGAGAUGACACCUCCAAUGGUGGCUAUUUAUGACAGCAUCACUGAUCUGCUAGAUGUGUGCAUAAAGCACCUGAAGCGGUCCAACAAGAUUGACACAAGCGACUUUUCCCUUGAGGAGUGUCUCUUCCGCAGCUUUGACGAGAUUGUGCGCCGCCAGCUGGACUCUGUCUGGCACACCAUCACCCCUCAGACAAAGCAGGUUGUCAAUAAUCUUCGCACACUGCGGACGCUGGCAGAGUACCUGCUGUGCUUUGACGCCGUGACCUUCCUGUCUUACCUUGAAAAUCUGAGAGCGGGAGAGAGCGUCAACUCUGUGUGGCUCUUUCAAGAGGCAGCCCACACCAUUUUUGACCAAGCAAAGAAGCGAGUAUAUGAGCUGCAGCAAGCAUCCAGGAAUGCAGCAGCGGCCAAGAACGGCAAGCGCAAGAGGGCUGUGAGUAAAGACAUAGCUGAUGCUGGCGCAAGCAGCGAAGCUGUGGAAGUGGUGCCCACGCUGGAGCCCUUGCCCAAAUGGGAGCUUGUCAAAGAGAUCGUGCAGGCGCGGACAUGCCAGCAGCUGCGGGACGUGCUGCAGUCAGACGUCCAGCCCGUCAUGCAGCAGCUCUUCAAUGACUACCUGCUGACGCGCCUGGACGCACGCAAGACAGCCGGCAAAGGAAAGUCCGGCGGCGGCGGCACUGAAUCUGCGUCUGCCGGGGGCGGCGGCCGCGGCGGCAGGGGUCAAGGCCGAUUUGGGCGUGGCAGAGGCAGCGACAGGUUGGAUGCGGUGCGAGCGGCGCGCACAAGAAACAAUCCGAAGGAGGAGCAGGCUCUGCUGGACGAGGCGCGCGCGCUUGCGGCCACGGCAGCCGCCAAGGACAAGGCGGCCGAUGCUGAAGCAGCAGGGAAGGAUGGCUAUCGUGGGGAAUCUCCGCAACCUCAGGCGGCCCCAGGCAGCGCUGCUGAUGGCGAAUCUGCCCAGGGCAACAGAGAGCAAGCUUCAGAGGACGACCAAGGCCAGCCACCUGGGCAGGGCGCAGCUGACAGCCCGAUGCUGCAGGGCGUGAAGUUCCACGCGCUGGAGAGCAGGAAUGACGCCGUGCUUUGGGACGUGCAGCCAUCCUUCGUGGUCAUGGUGGACUCUGAUGUGGCCUUUGUACGCCAGCUGGAGGUGUAUGCGGCAGGCAGGGGCAAGGCGCCGCUGCGGGUGUACAACCUGCGCUACAAGGACAGCUUUGAGCAGGACCGCUACAUGGCGGCGCUGCAGCGGGAGCAGCGCGUCUUCGAGGACCUCAUCCACUCCAAGGGCCACAUGGUCCUGCCAGAGCUCGGCCAGGACCUGGCACUGUUGAGGGCGGAGCCGAGGGAGGGAGUCCUGCAGCCGGGGGUGGAGGAGGCCAUCCCGGGCAUGGUGCCGGCUGCCAACGCGAUCACGCGCCGCGGGGGCAUGAUGCAGCCCAAGAGCCGGCAGCCGCGCAAGCUGGUUGUGGAUGUGCGCGAGUUCAUGAGCUCGCUGCCCUCCGUGCUGCACCAGCAGCACAUGGAGGUUAUCCCAGUUACCCUCGAGGUGGGGGACUAUGUGCUGUCGCCGGAGAUGUGUGUGGAGCGAAAGUCGCUGUCCGAUCUGCGGCAGUCAUUCCUGUCGGGGCGGCUAUUCCAUCAGGCGGAGUCUAUGUCCAAGCACUACAAGACGCCCAUCCUGCUCAUCGAGUUCGAGCGCGACAAGGCCUUUGCGCUGCACGCCACCUCUGAGAUCGGCAGUGACAUCAAUAGCAACACUCUGGGCAGCAAGCUGGUGCUGCUGUCGCUGCACUUCCCGCGCCUGCGCAUAAUCUGGAGCCGAUCCCUGCACGCCACCGCCGACCUCUUCCGUUCCCUCAAGGCCAACCAGGACGAGCCCGACGCUGCAGUAGCCGCCCUUGUGGGGGUGCCGGUGGGCGCGGAUGGGCUGCCAGCAGGGGGAGGCUCAGAGUCGGUGGUGAACACAGCCGCAAUCGAUGUGCUGCGGCGGCUGCCAGGAGUGACAGAGGCCAACUUCCGGCCGCUCAUGGCGGCUGCCGGGAGCCUGGCCGGCCUGGCAGAGCUGCCGCUGGAGAAGCUGGCGGAAGUCAUGGGCAGCCAGGCAUCUGCGCGGAAGCUGCGCGACUGGCUGGAUGCCAUCUGCCCCAUCCAGCGGUGA